GGGCAAUCCUCUAAGAUGUUUAUUUGGACCAGUGGCCGGACCUCCACAUCUUACAGACAUGACGAGAAAAGAAAUAUUUACCAAAAAAUCAGGGAUCACGAUCUACUGGACAAAAGGAAAACAGUCACAGCUCUGAAAGCAGGAGAAGAUCGGGCCAUACUCCUAGGACUGACUAUGAUGGUGUGCUCCAUUAUGAUGUACUUCCUCCUGGGAAUUACGCUGCUGCGGUCAUACAUGCAGAGUGUUUGGACAGAAGAGGCUCAGUGCACGCUCCUCAAUGCAUCGAUCACAGAAGCAUUUAACUGCUCAUUUAGCUGUGGUCCAGACUGCUGGAAAAUCUCUCAGUACCCCUGUCUACAGGUGUACGUUAACUUAACUUCUUCUGGGCAAAAGCUCCUACUUUACCACACUGAAGAGACGAUGAAAAUUAAUUCUGAGUGUUCCUACAUUCCCAAGUGUGGCAAGAACUACGAAGAGUCCAUGUCACUUGUGAGUGUUGUAAUGGAAAAUUUCAGGAAGUACCAGCGCUUCUCGUGCUUUUACGACCCAGAAGGCAUUCAGAAGAAUGUGAUAUUAACCAAACUUUACAGUUCCAACGUGCUGUUCCACUCACUUUUCUGGCCAACAUGCAUGAUGAUUGGUGGGGUUGCCAUCGUUGCCAUGGUAAAGCUGACUCAGUACCUCUCCCUCCUCUGUGAGAGAAUCCAAAGGAUCAACAGAUAAAAGCAAAAACUUCUCUGAGAUGUAUUUCAGCUAAAAUACUGUUUUUUCAUUCUUCACCAAAGAACCUUAAGUUUGUAACGUGCAAGUCUGUUAUAAGUUCCUUACUAUAUUCUUAUAAGUAGAGCAAUAAUGCAAAAGCUGUUCUAUA